ACAUCAGAAGGCUUUUGGCUAGAAACUUGUGUUUAUUUUCUUUAGCGGACACCAAGUUAUCCUUGGUUAUAUCGUUAUUUUUGACAGGUACACAGUUGAAUAUAUAAGUCGCUGUGUAAUACCGAAGAAAGUCUAAAACUUGUUACAAAACGGUCCCUUGGACGAUAAAUACACUAGCGUUGGUGUUAGUAGUUAGCUAAUUCUGUAGCUAAUUAGCUAGCUAGCAACAACAAGGAAAGAUGGGGUCGAUUCUUAGUCGGAGAAUCGCUGGCGUUGAGGAUAUUGAUAUCCAGGCGAAUUCUGCAUACAGAUUUCCACCGAAAUCGGGGAAUUACUUUGCCAGCCAUUUUUUCAUGGGAGGGGAGAAAUUUGACACUCCCCAUCCAGAGGGUUACCUAUUUGGAGAAAACAUGGAUCUGAACUUCCUUGGAAAUAGGCCUGUACAAUUUCCGUACGUGACCCCGGCACCUCAUGAGCCUGUGAAGACCCUGAGAAGUCUGGUCAAUAUCAGAAAGGACUCCCUGCGCUUGGUCAGGUACAAAGAUGACACUGAUGCUCCAGUAGAGGAAGGAGGGAAGCCAAAGGUUCUGUAUGGUGUGGAGUUCACAUUUGACGCUGAUGCUCGUGUGGCUAUCACCCUGUAUUGCCAAGCUUUUGAGGAAUUCACCAAUGGGAUGGCAAUGUACAACCCAAAGGGCCCAGCCCUGGUUUCUGAGACUGUACACUAUAAGAGGGGUGUGAGCCAACAUUUCUCCCUGCCUUCUUUCAAAAUCGAUUUCACCGACUGGAAGGAGGAGGAUCUGAACUUUGACCUGGACCGGGGUGUUUUCCCCAUGGUGAUCCAAGCUGUGGUGGAUGAAGGGGAUGAUUGCUUUGGACAUGCACAUGUGCUGCUGGCAGCCUUUGAGAGACAUGUGGAUGGUAGUUUCUCCGUCAAGCCUCUGAAGCAGAAGCAAAUUGUGGAUCGUGUGAGCUACCUGCUGCAGGAGAUCUAUGGAAUUGAAAACAAAAACAACCAAGAGACCAAGCCGUCGGAGGAUGAGAACAGUGACAACAGCAAUGAGUGUGUUGUUUGUCUGUCAGACCUCCGAGACACCAUCAUCCUGCCCUGCAGACACCUGUGUCUCUGCAACUCCUGUGCUGACACCCUGCGUUACCAGGCCAACAACUGUCCUAUCUGUAGACUGCCCUUCCGAGCCUUGCUGCAGAUCAGAGCUGUGAGGAAGAAGCCUGGGCCGCUGUCCCCUGUCUCUUUCAGCCCUGUACUGGCUCAGACCAUGGACCAUGAUGAGCACUCGAGCUCAGACUCGGUUCCCCCAGGCUUUGAGCCCAUCUCUCUGCUGGAGGCCCUGAACGGCCUGCACUCUGUGUCCCCCUCCAUCCCCCCCGCCCCCCUCUACGAUGAUAUUAACUUCUCUGGGAGCCUGGUAGGGGAGGGCCGGCCGCUGGGCUCCCCAGAACACUCCGGUGACGGGGGCCUGCAGAAGGGCAAAGUCAGCAAGUCACCUGACAGCACCCUGAGGUCGCCCUCAUCACCUAUCCAGGAGGAGGAUGAGGAGAAGCUGUCUGAGAUGUCGGACGCCCAGCCUCACACACUGCUCUCCAGCAGCCCUGCUCCCACCGAGGCCACUGCAGCCGAGGAUGUACCGGAGUCCAUCUCCCCAGAUGAUGAGGACAGGCUGCACUCUGGAGGAGAGCGAGAGAUCCUUCAGGACUACAGCAGUGAACACAGCAGCCUGACCAAAACAGAGAGUGACCCGCCAGGGGACCUGUCUCUGCCAGCUCUAGGUCCUGAUGCCUGCUCUAUUGGUAUGGAGGAAUAAAUGUGGGUCAUCAGAGAGCCUGAAGAGUCAGAGUACCAACUGCUCCAGCCAGCCCCUCCUGUGUCCCCCCAGCAGCCUUCACAUGGAGGAUGAGCAACUUGACCCCUAACCUCUGGGCCAAUGGUUCUCCCUCUCUGGCUGAGUCCCAAUUCACUUUCUCGCAUGUAUUUAACAAUGGUGGAAACUCCCUCCAGUCAAUAAUUACACCAAUCCAAUGGGGAGUGUGAAAGUGCACAUUUAGCCUGGAUGAAAAAUUGGGCCUUGGUCUCCUCCCAAGCCCAUCCCUCCCCCAUGAUCCAGUCCCCUUGGGCCUUGUAGAAGACCACUUUCCUACUUUAGUCAUCGAUUCAUGCCAUAACUGGCAUUGAUUCAAAAUGUGUUUGUGGUGGUCACUGCAAGGAUUUACUAAAACCAUACUAUACCUUAACUAAAAAACAACAAGUCCUUAAUUAGAUUGCUUUACAUUCAGUUGAAGUCGGAAGUUUACAUACACCUUGGCCAAAUACAUUUAAACACAUUUUUUCACAGUUCCUGUCAUUUAAUUCUAGUAAAAUUCCCUGUCUUAGGUCAGUAAGGAUCACCACUUUAUUUAAGAAUGUGAAAUGUCAGAAUAAUAGUAGAGUGAUUUAUUUCAGCUUUUAUUUCUUUCAUCACAUUCCCAGUGGGUCAGAAGUUGUUUAAAUUGUUUAACUCAAACGUUUCGGGUAGCCUUCCCACAAUAAGUUGGGUAGGCUUCCCACAAUAAGUUGGGUGAAUUUUGGCCCAUUCCUCCUGACAGAGCUGGUGUAACUGAGUCAGGUUGUAGGCCUCCUUGCUCGCACACGCUUUUUCAGUUCUGCCUACAGAUUUUCUAUAGCAUUGAGGUCAGGGCUUUGUGGUGGCCACUCCAAUACCUUGACUUUGUUGUCCUUAAGCCAUUUUGCCACAACUUUGGAAGUAUACUUGGGGUCAUUGUCCAUUUGGAAGACCCAUUUGCGACCAAGCUUUAACUUCCUGACCAAUGUCUCUGAGAUGUUGCUUCAAUUUAUCCACAUAAUUUUCCUACCUCAUGAUACCAUCUAUUUUGUGAAGCGCACCAGUCCCUCUUGCAACAAAGCACCCCCACAACAUGAUGCUGCCACCCCGUGCUUCACGGUUGGGAUGGUGUUCUUCGGCUUGCAAGCCUCCCCCUUUUUCCUCCAAACAUAACGAUGGUCAUUAUGGCCAAACCAGAGGACAUUUCUCCAAAAAGUAUGAUAUUUGUCCCCAUGUGCAGUUGCAAACUGUAGUCUGGCUUUUUUAUGACGGUUUUGGAGCAGUGGCUCCUUCCUUGCUGAACCUGCCUUUCAGGUUAUGUCAAUAUAGGACUCGUUUUACUGUGGAAAUAGAUGCUUUUGUAGCUGUUUCCUCCAGACUCUUCACAAGGUCCUUUGCUGUUGUUCUGGGAUUGAUUUGCACUUUUCGCACAAAAGUGCAUUCAUCUCUAGGAGACAGAAUGCGUCUCCUUCCUGAGCGUUAUGACGACUGCGGGUCCCAUGGUGUUCAUUCUUGUGUACUAUUGUUUGUACAGAUGAACAUGGUACCUUCAGGUGUUUGGAAAUUGCUCCCAAGGAUGAACCAGACUUGUGGAGGUCCACAAUUUUGUUUCUGAGGUCUUGGCUGAUUUCUUUUGAUUUUCCCAUGAUGUCAAGCAGAGGCACUGAGUUUGAAGGUAGGCCUUGAAAUACAUCCACAGGUAUGUCAUUUUAUGGAAUUUUCCAAGCUAUUUAAAGGCACAGUCAACUUAGUGUAUGUAAACUUCUGACCGACUGGAAUUGUGAUAAGUGAAAUAAUCUGUCAGUAAACAAUUGUUGGAAAAAUGUCUUGCCAUGCACAAAGUAGAUGUCCUAACCGUCUUGCCAAAAGUAUAGUUUGUUAACAAGAAAUUUGUGGAGUGGUUGAAAAACGAGUUUUAAUGACUCCAACCUAAGUGUAAGUAAACUUCAGACUUCAACUGUACAUUUAGGAGUGUGUAAUUGUUUGUCCAUUCUGGAUGGGGUUGUGGUGCAGUGGUGGACGUUGCAUGAUUCCAGUGGUUGAGUAUGACUACCAUCAUAUGGUAGUACUAGAAGCACACUCACUUUCCGUUUACUCUACUCAAAUUACUGCUUGACACUAAUUGUUUUAGAGAGCAUUAAUACCAUUCCUGUUGUAUUCAUCUAAACUAAUAACUUUUUAACAUUUUAUUUCUUGGUGCUUGUAUGAUAUGACAUGUUUUGGUGGACAUUUGACAUGAUUAAACAUGACAAUUUAAUGGAGUCAUUUUUAAAGGUUUUGAGGAUUCAUUCAUUUUGCUUUGAAAUGGUGAAUUCCUAUGUCAUAACAAGUCAAAUUGAGGCAUUUUAAUUUCAAAUUGUCUUCAAAGGUUUUGAGGAUUCAUUCAUUUUGCUUUGUGAAUAUCUACAUUUGUUCGUUUUUAUACUGAAUUAUGUGAUAUAUUGUACCUGUACUAGAAAUGUAUGUAGAUUCAUUUGCAAAAUUGUAUAUUUGUGUGUUGUAGAAGAAAAUCUGGGGAUUCAAAUAAGGAGGUUAGUAGUUACAGCUACAUGCACAGUAUCUCAAAUGUAGCUGAUUGAUUUUUAGUGACAUAGUCCAGCUUUACAUCUUAACAGCUGAACACAAAGAAAGAUAGAGCCUCCAACAAGCCAAUACACUAUGCUGACCGUAUAGCACAAACUGUGUUAUUUGUAGAUGUGGCAUAUUUCUAUAGUUAUAUUGUGGCUUGUCAUCCUGGCAUAGUCAUUGCCUUGCUCAAGUUCUAUGACUUGCAGUGUCUGACUUCCCUGUAGAUGUAGCACCAUACAUAUAGAUCUAUGUGCCUUCAACUAAACAGAUAUGGCUGCUGCUUGUUGCAUUUUUGGUGUUCUUGUGAUGAAACGGUUUCAGGAGAUACAGCUGUAUGAGCCUGUAGUCUAGGAGGUUUUUAUUCCCACUGGCUGAUAUACAGAGCUGUAAAUGUAUGACAUUUCUUUGCAUUCUCAAUGGUUCGUUAAAUAUUUUUAAGGAAACCUAAUUGUUAUUAAACCAUUAUUAAAACCCAACUGUUCAGCUAUUACAAUUAUGUUAAAUCCAUAUAUUGAUACAUUUAAUCUAUAAAUAGUAAGUACAUUAUGAUUAGACUUGGUUGUUAUAUGGUCUGUAUUAUGUGUGUAUGUGUGUGUGUGUGUGUUCUAAUUUUUUCCCAGGAGGAAUAAACUAAAUGCUUCUUAACCAUUUUACUUAUGCAAUAUUUUGAGACAUUGCAUCUUUAACCUAAUGUUAUCUUUUGCUUGUGAGUUUUGUUGUAGAGGGGUGUAAAAUGAUCCAAACUGCUUUGGAUUAAUACUGUUCAUGUCAUGUGUCUUUGUCUAACGAUGUGCCAUGUUAACUUUGAUGAUACACCUGUGCCUUGUUCCUGUUUCUCACUAGUAUUGACCUGGUAUCCAGGACAACCCCACAUUUAGUGAUUCAUAACUCUAUCAAUAUCGGUCUGUCCCUGUGUACAGAUGUAGGAUCUUCAUUUGCUCAAUCUUCUGUUACUGAGAAUAUUCCUGCACAGCAGGAAAUGCAAACUUGUAGUGUAUUCAAGGUUUAAAAAGGCUUCUAAAGUUUGUAAUUUCCACUUUAAAAUAUCAGACUAGAUUUGUCCUAACAAAAAUGUUUCAACCCCUACAAAAAUGUCAAUUUAUUAUAGUCCGAACACACAAUUUAAAUUUCCUGUUGCUGCAGGAUUAUUUUCCUGCUGUAGCGAACUGGCUCAGAUUAAGAUCCUACACGUGUAGCCUACAGCCGCAUGUGAAUAACAAUUAAAUAAAUUUAAUGUUGAACA